AUGUCCAGCCCCAACCAGCCCAGCGCGCCGCCAGCUUCAGCAGCCCCACUGUCCUCAUCGCCUUCUCGCCAGCCCUCGCGGCCACCGCCGACGACGACCGGCAUGGGAGGGACAGGCUCACCGCCCAUUAACACCCUGCCGAGCGGGACGACCGUCUCGCGCUCCUCGUCCUUCUCCCGCGCCGCCUCCUUCCGCUUUACCCCCCGCGAGUCCGAAGCCUCGACGCCCCUCUCAGGCGGAACAGGUCUCCCCGGUGGAACUGCAUCCGCCGCAUCUUCGCCUACGAACCAGCCCAUCCUGCCGAGCUCGCCAGACUUUGGGCCAAUCAGGGAGGGACAUGCGAUUCCCAAGGCGACGCUCAAUAGGACUGGGUCGAUGGGUCCGCCGCCUGGGAGGCAGAUGAGUGGCAGUAGGGCGAGUAGUACGGUGACGAGUCCUGUGCAGAGCCCUAGGGACGAGCACAGGGGGACGUGGCCUUACUCGACCGCCAACUCCUCGACUUCUUCGCUGGUCGGCACUGCGACGCCCGGUGGAACGCCAACGGUGCGCGACCGCGGCUUUGACCUCGGCGGCAAGGAGGCGAGUUUCGGAAUGAGCGCAGGAGCAACGAUCGAGAAGCCGGACUACUCGGAGGCCAAGAUUGUUGUUGCCAUGGUCGGGUUGCCCGCACGAGGCAAGAGUUACCUCAGUAACAAGCUGCAGCGGUACUUGCUGUGGCUCGAGUACGAGGUCUUCAACGUCGGCCAGUACCGCCGCGCCAAGUACCGCAAACUGGCGGAAGAGUCUGGCGAGAAGGCGGACCAGUCUUCGAACUUUUUCGACGCCAAGAACGCAUCGGCGUCGAAGGAGCGGGAGAUGAUGGCGACCGAGUGCCUGGAAGACUUGAUCCGAUGGCUCAAAGCGGGAGGAAACGUGGGCAUUCACGACGCAACCAACUCGACUCGCACCCGCCGCAGGGCCCUCUUCGAGCGCAUCAAGCGCGAACCCGGCCUCAAGCUACUCUUCAUCGAAUCAGUCUGCACCGACCCCGCCGUCAUCGCCGCCAACAUUGCCGUCAAAGUCGCGUCUGGGGACCCCGACUACGACGGGAUGGCGCCGGAGAAGGCGGAGAGGGACUUUAGGGAGAGGAUCAAGCACUAUGAGGAGAGCUAUGAGCCGCUUGACCCCGAGCUCGACAAGGAGUUGACGUGGUGCCAGAUGGUCAACGUCGGCAAGCAGGUCACGGUCAAUAGAAUCGACGGCUACCUCCAGUCUCGGAUCGCCUUCUACCUCAUGAACCUGCACCUCACGCCUCGCUCGAUCUACUUCACACGGCACGGCGAAUCGCAAUACAACGUCGACGGGCAGAUUGGCGGCGAUGCGCCGCUGUCGAAGCAGGGCGAGAUGUAUAUGCGCGCGCUUCCGAAGCUGAUCAAGGAGAAGAUCGGCGACACGCCCUUGACCGUCUGGACUUCAACACUCAAGCGAACGAUCCAGACGGCUUCGCUGCUGCCUUACGAGAAACUGACCUGGAAGUCACUGGACGAGCUGGAUGCGGGCGUCUGCGACGGCAUGACCUACGAGGAGAUCGAGCAAUACUACCCGGAGGACUACAACGCCCGCGACGACGACAAGUUCAACUACCGGUACCGCGGCGGCGAGUCCUACCGCGAUGUUGUCAUCCGCCUUGAGCCGGUCAUCCUCGAGCUCGAGCGGCAGAAGGACAUCCUCGUCGUUUGCCAUCAGGCUGUGCUGCGUUGCCUUUACGCGUACUUCCACAACUUGUCGCAAGAGGAGUUGCCGUACAUCAAGAUCCCUCUGCACACGGUCAUCAAGCUCACCCCCAAGGCGUACGGUUGCGACGAAGAGCGCUUCGCCCUUCCGAUCGACGCGGUUGACACGACCCGUCCCCGCCCCGCUGGCCGUCUCGACGCACUCAAGAAGGAACGCGAUCUCGGCGUCCUGAGUCCGUCGACGACUCGCCCGCCAUCGCGCGAGCGUGCUCCGAAGGGUCUUUACGACGCCUGA